UAUAAGUCUUGCCUCUCAAUCAACCCAGAUUAUCCUCCAGGAUCAUAUCUGCUGCCUUCUCCGCGACCAUGUACACGCUGCUCUGGAUGUUGCCCGAGACAUGAUUCGGGAAAAUGCUCGCGUCCACUACCCUUAGUCCUUCGACGCCUUCGAGUCUCAGCCUCCUGUCCACCACUUCGCCCAUGGCACAGCUCCCACAGAGAUGAUACUGCGCCGCCCAGACGUCCUUUGCGUGCUCGCGCCGAUCUUCAUGCUUGUGGAGAUCACAGCACUCUUCGCGUGGGUAUGUGCGUCGGGCGAUCAAAGCUCUCAAUGGUUCUGUGUCAACAAGCCUCUGGAUAAACGCCAGAGCAGCAGACGCCGUGACGACGUCGGCUGCGUGACCCAGCAUAUUCUGGUUGAUUUCUGGCUGGGCAUACGGAUCGUCAGAUACGGCAUGCACCCAACCUCGUGCAAAAGUGUACUGCAACCCAACCGCGAACCCAAACCCGUGCGGCGCUCCUUCUGGGAGCGUCUUGACGAACACCUUCGAUUGAUCUUCAAAUCCGCCUUCGGCAUUGCAAUCCACGGUCACAGGUACUGGUGCCACUUGAAUGAAUUCUGCCUGGGCGCUCUUUAUCUGCUCGAGGACAUAUUGCUGUUGUGCUUUCUGGAAUGAAGAUACUCCCGAUUGUGACUCGACGCUUUGACUGAUCUCGUCCAAGUCAUUAUCGUUCAGCCAUGGCAGGACAGGAAUGAAG